GCGACCGGAGGUGGCGGUGGCGGUGGCGCUUCCUAUACGGCAUAGUCGUCGUCGUCGUCGUCGCUGUCGUUGCUGGUGUUUCGGCCAUGGCUUUGGCACGAUUGAAGCUGAUGACGACGACCCCGAUCGGCUGUCAGCAUCUAAGCGACGCCACCAUGGACGAGAAGAACGGCGAGCACCCGAGGAUCUCGUACCGUGAGCUGGCCGACGCGACCGACGGCUUCUCGGAGGCGAACCUGGUCGGCAAAGGAGUGUACGGCCAUGUCUACAGGGGCGUUCUCCAUGGCGGCGUGGUGGUCGCCGUUCACCUGCGUCCGCGCGACGGCGGCUGCGCCGGCAGCUUCGAGAGGGAGUGCCGGGCGCUGAGGAGCAUCCGGCACCGGAACCUGAUCCGCGUGAUCACGGCGUGCAGCACGCCGGACUUCAAGGCGGUCGUGCUCCCGUUCAUGCCAAACGGCAGCCUCGACGGCCUCAUCCACCCACCUCCGGCCGGCGACACCGGCGGCAAGGCGGACGCCAGGCGGCGGCUGGACCUCGGGCUGCUGCUUAGCAUCGCCGGCAACGUCGCCGACGGCAUGGCGUACCUGCACCACCACGCCCCGUUCAAGAUCGUGCACUGCGACCUCAAGCCGAGCAACGUCCUCCUCGACGACGACAUGACGGCCAUCGUCUCCGACUUCGGCGUCUCGAAGGUGGUGGCGCGGCAGGAGGCCAAAGAUUCAGACACCAUUGGCGACGACGCGUCAUCCACUCCUCCGAUCAGCAGCUCCAUCACUCGCUUGCUACAAGGCUCCGUUGGUUACAUCGCUCCCGAGUACGGAUUGGGGGGCAACCCGUCGACGCGGGGCGACGUGUACAGCUUCGGGGUGGUGCUAAUGGAGAUGGUCACCGGGAAGCGGCCGACGGAGGUGAUCGCCGAGGAGGGGCACAGCUUGCACGAGUGGGUCAAGAGCCGCCUGCAGUCGUACAACGACGCGGGAGGCGUCGGCGGCGGCGCCGUCGAGCUCUCGACGGUGCGUCGCGAGAGGCGUGUCGUGGUGGAGCUGCUUGAGCUCGGCGUUGCGUGCUUGCAGGUCGUGCCGGCGAUGAGGCCCACCAUGGACGACGUGGCGCAGGAGAUCGCUUGCCUCAAGGACGGUGCUUGGAGGAAGUGGCGGAAGGAGGAGGAUGACGACGAUCACUGCAUGCUCCGGUGAUUCGGUCCAAAUGGAAAUGUCUAAUUUCCACGUAAAAUGUAUAU